GAUCAGGGUCCCCUGCUGGUGUCAGAGCCCUCUCUCGAGGUCUGGGGCAGUGUUCUGGAGCAGAGCUGCCACCCCAGUGACCCCAGCCUGUCUGCCCCCCAGGAGCACAUUGCUAAGCAAUUUGGGAUGAUGCAGUCCCAGAUCGGCUACGACAUCUUGGCUGAAGACACCAUCACUGCCCUGCUGCACAACAAUCGCAAGCUCCUGGAGAAACACAUCACCAAAACCGAGGUGGAGACCUUUGUCAGCCUGGUGCGGAAGAACCGGGAGCCCAGGUUCCUGGACUACCUCUCCGACCUGUGUGUAUCCAACCACAUUGCCAUUCCCGUCACCCAGGAGCUCAUCUGCAAGUGUGUGCUGGACCCCAAGAACAGUGACAUUCUCAUUCAGACCGA